AUGCAGCAGCAAUCCCAAACCUCUCAAGGCCACCAUGCCAUCGUGUUCGGCUGUUCAGGCAUCAACGGCUGGGCCCUGAUCAACCAGCUACUCAACAGCUACCCAGCCCCAGGGACCUUCAGCAGAGUGACGGCGGUUGCGAACCGUGCGUUCACGGCUGAGGAGGCCCAGUGGCCAACAGACGAUCGUCUCCAGAUUGUCUCCGGCGUGGACCUCUUGGUGGGCGACGAUGCAGCGCUGGAGAAGACCCUGGCGGAGAAGAUCUCCUCUGUCGAGACGAUCAGCCACGUGUACUAUGCUGCAUAUCGUGCCAGCGAUGUUCCUGAGGAAGAAUGUCGCCUGAACAAAGAGAUGCUUCGAGCGGCGGUUCAGACGCUAGAGAAUCUCUCGCCCAAACUGUCUUUCGUUACUCUUAUUACUGGCACAAAGGCAUACGGCGUCUACCUCCUCGAUAAAUUCCCCUUCCGGAACCAAAUACCCCUAAAAGAAGACCUUCCCCGCGUGCCAGCCGAAUACGCCAAAGACCUCUUCUACUACCAUGAAGUCGACCUGUUGCAAGAGCUCAGUACCGGAAAGUCCUGGUCAUGGUGUGAAGUCCGUCCGGACGUGAUAGUCGGACUCGCCCCCUUCGGCAACGCCAACUGCAUGGCCCAAACAAUGGGCAUCUACCUCUCCCUGUACCGCGCCCUCGAAGGCCCCAACGCCCGCGUCCCCUUCCCCGGCAACAGCACAACCUGGACCCUCCAAUCCACCGACUCCAACCAAGACAUAAUCGCGCGCUUCUGUAUCCACGCAUCCCUCCAAUCGCGUGUAAAAGUCCAUACCCGAGCGUUCAACAUCGCCGACAGCGCACGCCCCGUGGCGUGGUCCGAGCGAUGGCCCAUCCUGGCGUCGUAUUUCGGGCUGGAAGGGGUGGGGCCUGAGGAGGGAGGAUCUCUGCAUCCGACGGAGUAUAUCGAUCGGAACUGGGAGGAGUUGAGACGGUUGUGCAGCGAGAGGGAGGGGGUGAAAGAGGAGGUGAUUUAUCGCAGUAUGCAUAAUACGGGGGCCAGGAUGGGGAGUCUGAGACUGAUGGACUUUGAUCGCCCGUUUGAUUUGGGGAGGGCGAGGGAGAUUGGGUUCAGUGAGGAGAUGGAUACGAGGACGUCGUGGUUUGGGGCGUUUGAGAGGGUGAGGAGGGCGGGGAUUAUGUUGUGA